GAGAGGCGGGGAUCGAGGGAGCAGGAGCGAAACGGAAAAUCCGUCUUCGGCUAUAAGCAUCAAGAUCAGUCUCGGUGCCAAUCUGAAGCUGUUUAUACGGACACAUUUGGCACAGCGAUCUUUUGUGCUAAAGUAACGGUUUUAGAGGCAGAUCGAGCGGAAACGAGAUGUUUUUGUAUAAGGGUUAGAAGUGGAACUUGGGUAGGCGAAGUCUUGGGCGUAUCUCCACUUUUGUUCAUAUAUUGUCGAAGUGGAAAACAGCUGAGCGCAUCUGAUCUUCCCCGAGCGCCCGGUGCUGAUGAGGGCUUUGUCGGCGUGAUCCGUGCGCGAUGGCCGCUUCGGGCGGACAGAAGAGUGAGAAGUUAGAUGAAGCUCAGGCUCUAGCGAGGAGUUGCGCAGGGCGACCGGACUUUCUGCCCUGCGAUGGACUAUCCAUCUGCGCCACACACAGCCACGGGAAGUGUUUCAAGCUGCACUGGUGCUGUCAUCUGGGCUGGUGCCACUGUAAAUAUGUCUACCAACCCAUGACCAGCGUAUGCCAACUUCCCAGCACGCCGGUUCCAGUUGCCCCCUCAGGUCACACCCACACCAUGAACCUGUCCAUCUCCCUGGCUGAGCGCUUUCUCAGGACGGCCCCCAAAUUCCAGGCUCCACCCUGUCCAGAGUCGCCCAAGCUCUGCGUCAUCUCUGAGCUCUUUGUGGAUGAUUACAUGGUCAAACGUAUCAAUGGUAAGAUGUGUUAUGUGCAAAGGCCGCCUCCCCCUACACCAAAUCCCACACACCAACCCCAAAUCCCGGCAUCUCAGUCUGCACCCCAACGUACAAACAAGCACACAAGGCAAGCAGGCCCAGCUAUUAAACACGGCCAGCCAAACGAAAAGAUCUCAGGCCCUAAAAUGGACCACUGCUCGUCUCCCUCCAGCUCAGAAGACUCUGGAAUCAAUGCAUUGGGUCUGCACUACAUGGAAUCAUGCGAUGAGGACUCCUGCGUGGAUGAUGAUGACGAGGAAGAAGAGGAUGAUGAGUUGAGUACCGAUGGGGACUCCAGUCCCGGUAGCCUCUGGGACCAGGAUGAGUGCACUUUACUGUCACCGUCCAAAUCAAUGGUUGAGAUCAUUGAGAAGAUCGAGACUACAGUUUGACGUGCCUGUCGAUUAAUACUACAGUUGGAAUUCCUCGGUCUUGGAAACACGUCCCUACACUAUCCUACAGUAUAUGCAGGUGCAUGAGUUCAAUGAGCCAGUGCAAGCACACGCUCCCUGUUAUGGCAGUUGCCAUCCGAGGUUGUCCCAGAAGAGCCCUCCAGAGAUGAGUCAUGGCAACUCUCUCCUGUACUUACUACAACCCUCAUUUUCCCUAUAGUCCCUUACGCAUGGUGAGGCUAAUGUAGGUUACACGCAAGUAAGUGCGCUGACAAACACAUAUCGUGAGAACUUUGAUCAAAUGGGACUCAAUACAUGAUAAAAUAUUUCAUGGAUGAACAGAUGUAGGAAAGUUAAACUCAAAAAUAUGAGGGUAUGUCUCUCCUUAGAGAGCUCAGACACAUUCGGUCCAAUGCAUAGAAACGGAAGAGGGGAUGACUGAUGCAAUAUGGAGAGAUCUAGACUAGGUCUAUGUGUGUUAGGAGGAUAGAGAGUGCUACAAAGAUAGAAGGAGAAAGAGUGAGGGAGAGAGAGAGAGUCUUUCAACGUCCUGUUAGCAGAAUCAGUCAGAACAGUGGCUAAAUCAUGCAUGAGCUCAGAGGACGGUAAUGAAACUUUGUGAUGAAAAGAGAUUGAGGCUCAUGCUUGAGGGAAUGCCCCUUUUCUCAAACUCUCUCACACCCUGAGAUUCCCUAGAGGCACAGCCAAGGGUACAUUACCAGACAUUUCUUGUCUGGCACCAGACUGUGGGACCAGUCCUCCCAUCAUCACAGUCCUUAAAGCUUGUGUCUUCUUUAGGAGUGGAAAACAACUUUUGACAAUCAGUUAGAUUUAAGAUCAAUUCUUAAGAAGAGUGAUAAGGAAUAAAAUUGCAUUGUUCAUCCCCCAAGAAUCCCAUUGUGAUCUGUGUUCCAUUUUGUCAAGCCACUUUAAAAGUAUGUGGUGUAUCAUUGACAAAGCCAGAUGAUUGCUUAGGGGCCAUUCACGCAAGAUCCGUUUUUGUGUCCUAUUUUUUAACUGUUGGUCUACAUAAUUGUGCUGGAAAGAUGUCAUAAUUUACUCACUGUCAUGUUAUCAAAAACCUGUAUGACUUUCUUCUGUGAAAGAAUAUGACCAGUGUUAUUUGUAUGUGUUGUAAAUGGAAUUUGGAAGAUGCUUUUUGCAAAACCUACAUUGGAUUCAAGGUAUACAUAUGCCUGAGCUACAGGAAUGCUGUAAACCAGCUUUCAGGUCAUUUCUGCCGCCCCUGUCUAGCUGUAUUUAACGCAAGAACGCAUCCUGUGUGAAGGGCCUCUUAGUGUCACUUUGAGAUCUUCACUGGCUGCAAGAGUUUCAGGUUUUCUAAGGGUUUAAGAAUAUUUGGCCCAUUCAGACUGGCCAGAGCAUCUCUGGGUCUCAUUUUUCCAUUGCAUUCACACUUAUCUUAGUAUAUUAAGACCACAACUAUGUUACCAAAUACCCAACACAGUUAUAGACUGGCCCAAAAUGUAAAAAACAACCAGCACGUCAAGAAGUGCUUCUUUGCCUUGGUUUAAACACAUGAAACCAUUGCUAUUACUGCUGAGGUGGAAUACAGUCCUAAAUGAAAUAUCAAAGUCACACAGGGAAUUCACACAUAAAUGUCUUUAUGUUUAGGGAUUACAACUUAACCAAAAAAUUGAAAGUUAUGACAAUAAAUUUGCUAAUCAGGAGACUACGAGCUGAGACUGCCAAGGAUGUACUGGAUGAGAACCAAGUGAACCCUUUUAAUGAUCCAACCUCUUUUAUUUCAAGUAUUGGCUCAAAGAUGUUAUACUAGCUUGCUGUCUGCCAAACCCAUGUAAUAUAUAAGCACAUAUGUAACUUCACUACCUGAACACAAAUAUUCAUUUUGGAGUUCCUCUGAUCACGAAAGGACCAUGAUCCAUAGGUGGUGCAGGUGUGAUUCUCUCCUUGUUACUGAAUGAAUGAAUAUACUGUAACUAUCCCUGUCUCUGCAGUUUUCAUAUCAGGGACUGAUACUGUAGCUACAAAUAUAUACUGUAGACACACAAAUGUUUAUCAAAUAUUAAAAUAUACCCUUUUUUCUUUCUUAUAUCAACUAUUGUUAACUCACCUCUUAUUUUUUUCUUAUAAAGAAAUUCAGAAAAUAAGAAAUGUUUCUGUCUUUCAUUCUGAAAAUAUGCUGAUGCAUCUUGGUUGAUUCCAAACUUAAGCGUUAAGCACAGGUGUUAAUAUAAUUUCACAGAAACAUUAUUGUAUGGAUCUUCAGCUGUUAAAGGCUAACUGCAUUGACCUUUUAAUCCUGGAUAAUCCUAGAGAACUUCCAGUUCAAUUUACCACCUUCAUUAUCAGAAGAGAGGAUAUUUUGGAAUCAUAGAGGAGCAGUUAGCAGAGAAACCCGUUUAAAGCCAUUGAAGCAGCGAGACCUUAAGCCUCCUUGGAAAACAGAUGGGUACUAACAAGAAGAGGCUCCAUGGAAUACAAGCCUGAACCAAUUAAAUAACAGACCACAAAACAUCCCCAUGUUGCUGAGCACACUUGCAUCUCUCUUAAAGCUAAUUCACAACACAUCCAGUACAACCUAUCCACCUUAAAAAUGGGCGUGGCCAUUUGUAAAUUCUAUGGGUCUGGCUUGUGGUCUCAUCUGCGUCCACUCCGUCCAGCUAUUUUUAGCUGAACAAAACAGUCCAUUUUGCUGCUUGAUAUUGAAAGUUGGUGUGUUUUAUCAUAUUAUUUUAAUGUAUUAUCUUAAUUAUGAACACACUGGUUUGUAGUGCAAACCGUUUAACUGCACAUUCUAAUUCUCCUCGUUGUUUACCUAUAGUGGCUAAUGAACCAGAAGUCUCACCCAUAGGCUUACUUCCACAUUGAAGAAAAAGAUGGAUAUCAAUGCUUCUAAUAACUGCAUUUUUGGUUUAGGGAUAUGAUUGACCUGUUAAAGGAAUAGUUCACCCAAAAAUUAAAACUUACAGAAAAUGUUCUCACCUUCAGGCCAUCCAAGAUGCGUUUUCUUCAUCUGAACAGAUGUGGAAAAAUUUUGCAUUAUAUUACUUGCUCACCAGUGGACCCGCUGCAGUGAACUGGUGGCAUUAGAAGAUGCGGAUACUUUUAUUAUAUAUCUGAUAUCAGCAAAUGUGGCAUUGAUUGACAGGGGGGGGUUAGCACAGAAAGCUG